AUGGGAAAGGUAGAGGAAGGGCAGGCUCUACCCACAACUGUUGAUUCUCAGAACACAAACCGAAAUGCAGAGAACCGGUGUAGAGUUGGUGGGUGGAUCAAGUUCAGAUGUGUCUUGGCUCUGGUGCUUGGCUGUGCAGUCUUGCUCUCAGCUAUCUUUUGGUUGCCACCAUUUCUUCACUACGGAGAUGAGAGGGAUCUGGAUCUGGACUCACAGUUUGGAGGUCAUGAUAUAGUAGCAGCUUUCUCGGUUGAGAAGCCAGUUUCUUUUGUAGAAGACAAUAUUUUGCAGCUCAAGGAGGAUAUUUUUGAUGAAAUUGGCAUUUCAUCGACUAAAGUGGAAAUCAUUGCCCUAGAAACUUCAGCUGGAUCAAACAUAACAAAGGUUGUAUUCGCAUUUGAUUCAGAUGUGAAAAAUUUGAGGGUCUCUCCAACUGCCCAAAGUUUAAUCGGGGCCUCUUUGGUAUCUCUGGUUAUACAUCAGUCAUCUCUCCGCUUGACUGCAUCUUUAUUUGGGGAUCCUUUCUCAUUUGAGGUGCUCAAAUUCACAGGAGGCAUUACAGUUAGUCCUCUACAGAGCGCAUUUCUCAUGCAAAAAGUGCAGAUCCUUUUCAACUUUACCUUGAAUUUCUCUAUUGAUCAAAUUCAAAUCAAUUUCUAUGAACUGACGAGCCAGCUGAAGUCAGGGUUACGGCUUUCUCCAUAUGAGAACUUGUAUAUUAGCUUGACGAAUUUAGAAGGCUCAACAGUGGCACUUCCCACUAUUGUUCAGUCACAAGUUCUUUUGGCAGUUGGGAUUAGUCCUUCAAUGUUAAGGUUAAAGCAGUUGGCUCAAACCAUCACCAAUUCCAAUAAAAAAAACCUUGGCCUCAAUAACAGCGUGUUCGGUAAAGUUAAACAAGUUCGUCUUUCAUCUAUACUGAAACACUCCCUCGGUGGCAAUGGUAGUGGAACAUCAGGGUCGCCUUCUCCAGCUCCUCUGCCGCAUCGUCACCACCAUCAGCAUCAUCACCACCACCAUCAUGACCAUGAAACCCAUCUUGCUCCCUCAAUUCCACCUGCACCCAGGAGUGGGAAGAGUGGACCCAUGACAGAGAGAGGUUCACCUGCAUCUUCACCAAUGCCUGCACCUGCACCUGCAUCUGAGCAGAGUCAUGAGGCAAAACCUCCUGCUUGCCAUUUUGGGUAUAGAAAGAGGUCCCCGAGGAAGGAAAAUAGGCAUUCUCAUCCUGUUUCUCCUGUUGCACCAACAGUUUCUCCCUCGCCACAGCAGCAAGUAAAUCCGCCAGAACCUGCUCCACAUCUAAUUCCUGCAUCAAGUCCAUUACCGAAUGUAGUUUUUGCUCAUGUUCAGCCUCCAUCAAAGGGUGAAUUUGAUGCAGAGCCUCCUUAUAUAACAGCUCCAGUUUCACCUUCACCAUCUCCAUCUUCUGCAGGUCUUUCUUCUUCUGACUUGUGGGCUCUUCCACUAUUUCUAGUUCUGGUGUUGCGUCAAUAG